GCACCAAUCCUCUCAUACACUCAGAUCUAGAUUCUAUUCUUUAUUUUUAGUUUUACAGUUCUACUUCUAUACUACAAAGUAAUUAAUCUAGAUACUUGAUCAUCUUUAUACAUAGUUAAUUAUACAGAAGUCGUUCACAAAUUGAGGGGAAUUGGAUUCCAAGAAUCAGAAAGAGCCAAUUAAGGGUGUGAAAUGUGCCACACUCCAUUUGAAGUAGUUACUGUAGUGCUUUUUGUUGGGCACAAAGUAGAAGAAGUUCAGUGGGAAAAGGAGCGAUAAUAGGACACAAGUACAACUUACAUACCAUUUUAGAUACUGUUCUUCAAAGAAUCGAAGGUCGAAGGUUCAGAGCAUUCAUAACAAGAUGGCCAGCAGCGGCAAUAAUAAUAAAAUUCUGAGAGAAACAAAGUCUAUGUCAGCGGCCGAGACAACGGCCGCGGCAGCGGUGGAGGCAGUGUCGUCCGUGAAAUGCUACUGCUGCGGGCUGACGGAGGAGUGCACGCCGCGCUACAUCGACCGCGUGCGGGAGAGGUACGAAGGUCGGUGGAUAUGUGGACUGUGCGCGGAGGCGGUUAAGGAAGAAACGUUGAAGUCUCGGAGGGACAUUAGCACCGAUGAGGCGCUGAAGCGCCACGUAAGCUUCUUCCAAGAAUUCAGGUCUUCGAGUUCGAGUUCGGGCCCUCAGGAUUUGAUCCUUGCAAUGAAGCAACUCCUUCUGAGGUCUCUGGAUUCAUCUUCUUCUUCUUCGUCGCCGAGAAGUAGUGGCGGUGGAAGAAGACUUGGGAGAUCUCAGAGUUGUUUUUCGAGCGUGAAUAGUGGACCAACCUCGCAGCCAAAUCCACACUCUCAGAAUAGGAUUGUACAUGGUAGAGACAUUAGAGAGAAAGAGUUUUCAAGAAAGAACUUACUUACGCUUUAUAGGCCCACUAAAACUACGAGUUGGAAAGUGCUGGAACCCUGCUGAUAAUUGAUAAGGAUACACACAGUAACUCAAACCGUGAAAUCUUAUCUGUAGUCUGGUACAUGCCAUUCAGCCAUUGUUCUGUUUUGGUUUUAUGCAUACCACAAGUUGACUAUAGGGCGUGUGAUUCCCCAAUAUUAUUAUCUACCUGUGUUUUUGUGCUGUCAUUUCUAUAUAA